CUGGAAAAAUAUGAAGUCCAGGACGAAAACGGCCGUUGCAAGAGACCGAAGGGAAAAAGCAAAAACUGGUGGGGGUCCACAAACGGAUACGGAAUUAGACAGUCUGCAUACAGCAAUAUCAACAAUGCUUCCACAGCAAAUUAACAGCAUUGGCAAUGAAUUUGAUGAUGAUGCUGCUUUGCAUGGUGACUUAGAUAAAAAUCCCAGUCCCAAUAAAGAGGCACGUUGUGUCAUGGAAUCUAAUGAAACGCCAUCAUCUCAUAAUUCCGCAUCUACGACACCACCAAUCAUGAAGAGGAAGCUCCCCGGUAAACAGGAACAGGUGAAAUCAAGACUGCUGGAGAUGGCGGAAGUGGAACAUGCUGCAAAGAUGCGUGUAUAUUAAUUAAAGAAAGAUAUUCUCAUUCUUAAAAAGCGUAAGCUAGAAGAAUCUCUGUCCAUCAGUACUGAAACAAAUAGACCUAGCACAAGUAACAGUGUUUGUUCUGCAUGGAGACCAUUUUAAUAUUAUUUGUCUCCAUACGCCAAAUAUCAAAAUAAAAUACAUUCAUACUAGUGCUUA